AUGUUUGCUGGUACACAACAUGCGCUGCAUCUUCUAUCAGAGGAUGACCUACUCCAGAGUUUCUAUACCCUUGCGGAUGCUUGGGACUACAAUGAAUUUAUUCAGCUCAUCGGUCACACAAACCCACGCCUGCGGAUGCUGGAAGUUGGCGCUGGGACCGGCACUACAACAUUCAGAGUACUGAAAGCGUUACGCUCCCCUUUUGGAGAACGCCUUUACCACAUCUACACUGUCUAUGCGACCUCGGCCAUGGCAUUGGUUGAGAAGGCAAAUCUGCAACGGGGACAGUCGAUCCUCAUUCACUCCGCGUGUGGGGGAGUUGGCCAUGCUGCUAUCCAGGUUGCCCAGAUGAUAGGCGCCAAGAUCUACUGCGUGAUGGAGGCCACCAACGGCCGAGGAGUGGAUGUGGUUCUCAACUCAUUGCCCGGUGACCUUCUCUACGCCUCGUGGACAUGUGUCGCCGAGUUUGGAGUCAUGGUCGAGAUUGGCAUCCGUGAUUUCCGUCGCAAGGCCAAGCUGUCUAUGGAGCUUUUCGAAGCGAAUCGAACCUUCGCUGGACUUGAACUGAAGGGAAUAUGGCGUGUCCGACCCUGGAUGGUGACCGAGGUUCUCAAACGCUGUGUCGACUGGAUCGAGGCUGGAGUGAUAACGCCCGAUCCGAUCUCGAACAUCUUUCCGGCCGCGCAUAUCCACGAGGCCUUCCGCUUCAUGUAG